AUGUUGAGAGCUACUAGAGGCGCUUUGAACAAGCGCAUCGGGUCGGUGCUACGUCGUAACUACUCGAUGCACAAAGAACUCAAGUUCGGCGUGGAAGGAAGAGCCGCGCUUUUGAAGGGUGUGGAGACACUGGCUGAGGCCGUCUCGGCAACCCUGGGCCCUAAGGGCAGAAACGUUUUGAUUGAACAGCCAUUUGGGGCCCCUAAGAUCACUAAGGACGGUGUCACGGUGGCCAAGGCUAUCACUUUGGAGGACAAGUUCGAGAACAUGGGCGCGAAGCUUCUUCAGGAGGUUGCCUCCAAGACUAAUGAGGCUGCUGGUGACGGUACCACUUCUGCUACUGUGCUAGGUCGCGCCAUCUUUACUGAAUCAGUGAAGAACGUUGCUGCCGGAUGCAACCCUAUGGACCUGAGAAGAGGCACCCAGGCUGCCGUCGAGAAGGUUAUCGAGUUCCUCAGCGCCAACAAGAAGGAGAUAACCACUUCUGCCGAGAUUGCUCAGGUUGCUACCAUCUCCGCUAACGGCGACGCGCACGUCGGCAAGCUCCUGGCUUCUGCUAUGGAAAAGGUCGGCAAGGAGGGUGUCAUUACUAUCAAGGAGGGUAGAACCCUUGAAGAUGAGCUUGAAGUCACGGAGGGUAUGAGAUUCGACCGUGGUUUCAUUUCGCCAUACUUCAUCACUGACGCAAAGUCCAACAAGGUCGAGUUUGAGAAGCCCCUGCUGCUGCUAAGUGAGAAGAAGAUUUCUUCCAUCCAGGACAUUUUGCCUGCUUUGGAAAUUUCCAACCAGACCAGAAGACCUCUAUUGAUCAUCGCUGAAGACAUCGACGGCGAAGCCCUGGCAGCUUGUAUUUUGAACAAGCUGAGAGGCCAGGUCAAGGUCUGCGCGGUUAAGGCCCCGGGUUUUGGUGACAACAGAAAGAACACAUUGGGCGACAUUGCCAUUCUUUCUGGGGGUACUGUUUUCACCGAGGAGCUUGACUUGAAGCCAGAGAACUGCACAAUUGAGCAGCUUGGUUCUUGUGGGUCUAUCACCAUAACCAAAGAGGACACCGUGAUGCUAAACGGUGACGGCGCCAAGGAGAACAUCUCUGCUAGAAUUGAGCAAAUCAAGAACUCUAUCGACCUAACAACCACUAAUUCUUAUGAGAAGGAGAAGCUGCAAGAGCGUCUUGCCAAGCUUUCAGGCGGUGUGGCUGUCGUAAGAGUUGGCGGUGCCUCCGAAGUUGAAGUUGGUGAAAAGAAGGACCGUUACGACGAUGCUUUGAACGCUACGAGAGCUGCAGUUGAAGAGGGUAUCCUGCCUGGCGGAGGUACUGCCUUGCUGAAGGCUGCCAGAGUUUUGGAUGAAGUCCAGACUGAGAACUUCGACCAGAAAUUGGGUGUGGACAUCAUUAGAAAAGCCAUUACCAGACCAGCUAGAAAGAUAAUUGAGAAUGCUGGCGAGGAGGGCUCUGUUAUCGUUGGCAAAAUCAUCGACGAGUAUGGCAGUGACUUCACUAAGGGCUACAAUGCCGCUAAGAGUGAGUACACCGACAUGUUGGCUGCUGGUAUCAUCGACCCAUUCAAGGUUGUGAGAUCUGGGUUGGUCGACGCUUCCGGUGUUGCCUCCUUGUUGGCUACAACUGAGGUGGCUAUCGUGGAUGCUCCACAGCCACCAAGUGCUGCACCACCAGCUGGUAUGCCUGGUAUGCCUGGUAUGAUGUGA